AUGAAUAUCAAGAAAUCAUUAUUAGUAACAUUAGGAUUACUUUUAUUAGUUACUGUUUGUUUAGGAGGAAGAACUUUUAAGAAUCUUAAUCAAAACAAUAACAAUAAUGUCAAAGAUAGUAGUAGUUUCCCAAUUUAUUGGUACAAUCAAACAUUGAAUCAUUUCGAUGCACAAGAUAGUAGAACCUUUAUGCAACGUUAUUACACCAACGAUGCCUAUUAUGAUUAUAGCAAGGGCGGUCCAAUCAUUCUCUACAUCAACGGUGAAGGACCAGUAAGCUCACCACCAUAUCAACAAGGUGAUGGUGUCGUUGUCUAUGCUCAAGCUUUGGGUGCCUACAUUGUCACAUUGGAGCAUCGUUACUAUGGUGAUUCAUCUCCAUUUGAAGAUCUCUCUACCGAGAACCUCAAGUUCCUCUCUUCUCGUCAAGCACUCAACGAUCUUGCCGUCUUUAUCUCUGAUUUUAGAAAGAAUCUUUCAUUAUCCACUGAAGUUGUUACUAUUGGUGGUAGUUAUUCUGGUGCUCUUUCUGCUUGGUUCAGAGUUAAAUAUCCACAUAUUACAGUUGGUUCUGUAUCAUCUAGUGGUGUUGUUAAUGCUAUAUUGGAUUUCACUGCAUUUGAUGAAUGGGUUGCCUACGCUGCCGGUGAUGAAUGUGCUACUGCUAUGCGUCAAGUUACACAAGAGGUUGAACAAGCCUAUUUUGGUGGUCAAGCCGAUGAGAUUAGACAAAUAUUCAAUGCAGAGACUUUGGUUGAAGAUGGUGACUUUUUCUUUUGGUUGGCUGACAGUAAUGCCGAAGGUAUCCAAUAUGGAUAUCACUCUCAACUCUGUGAUCCAUUGGUUGAUGCAAUGAACAAUGGAACUUCUUUGAUCAAGACCUAUGCCUUGUAUACCGCAAAUGUAUGGACUGGUUCACUUGGUACACCAGCUGAAUAUGCCACCGCAUGGCAACAAAAUACUACUCAUGAUAUUAACAAUUCUGCUGAUAGACUUUGGCUUUAUCAAACAUGUACAGAGUUUGGAUAUUGGCAAAAUGCUCCAGCUGAAAAUAGUAUCCGUUCAUCGAUUGUUAAUAUGACCUAUUGGCGUGAUCAUUGUGAACAAGUAUUUGGUAUUGCACUUUGGCCAGAUGUUGAAGCUACCAAUGAAUAUUAUGGUGGUAAUCAAACUGCUGGUACCAACAUUAUUUUUGUUAAUAGUUCACAAGAUCCAUGGUCACGUGCAAGUAUUAUUACUCAACAAUACCCAAGUGAACCAGUUGCCAUGGUAACAUGUGGAAACUGUGGUCAUUGCAGUGACAUUCGUGUUGAUUGUCCAGGUGGUUGUGAUACUCCAAACAAUUUAGCUCAAGUUAGACAAGUUACUCUUCAAGCUAUCCAAUCUUGGUUGGCUCAAUAA